UAUCGCUUCCCAAACACAACAAAACAUUUUACAAACAUUAAUAAAUAUUGAAGCCAGGCUUUAAAAAACUAAUUAUCAUAGCUUUUGUGAGCCUAAUUAAGUUGUCGAAACAGUUAUUAGCUCCGCCGACUACGGGGAGUUAAACAAAGUGAACACUUAGGAGUGUGUGGUGGUGCUGUUGCGACUAAUGAAGUAACCAGUCGUUGGAUUGAUUUUGACAGGAAAUGAAGCGAAGAGCCGAGACCGCCAAAUCCAAACCUCUGCCCUACCGGGUUGUGGAAGCACCUAGAAAAGUGCACAAAGAGGAGCGAGUCACUACGGAGGAGAAAAUAAAGAAUCUAAAUGAUAAAAUGAACUUGGUCAUCCUGAACCAAAAGAAAGUCCUCCAAGUUCUGCGCCAACUGACUGCGCACCCCAUCGAUAUGUUAGGUCCUCAGAAUAUAAAAACAUCCGAUACUGGUUUGUGGAAGCCGCAACGCUUUCCAUUGACCCAGCUGGAGCAAAUGGAGGCGGUGGAGGAGGAUAUGAAUGAUCCUGUGAAAUCAUCAGUUUACGUUGAAACCAUGAAGGAUCUCUUAAAACCUGGUGGAAUAUUUCGAACUGGCGGCCUCCCGAAAAACUUUCAUCUUAUACUCCGCGUGGACUUUAUGGUCAUGUUCAAUUUGGAUGGCAUCCAUCACAAGAUACCGCUAAAGAAGUUUGCCAAUUUCAGCAGAGCUUUAUACGAUGUUCUCAAGCGCGAUGAAUCCUAUGUCAUGGAUGAUUAUAUAGCUGAAAUCAGGACGACUUUCCGUGUUUAUAAGAAUAGAAAUAACAAGAGGGUGUCGGUAUUCAGAAGGAAAAUGAAGGAAGCUAAUGCCCAAAUAGAGCCAGAGCUCGAUUUCGAAGAAAUUAUUUGCUCUGAAACCACCGAGUUUAUAGAUGAAUUUGAUUAGUUAAGCAUUUAAGUGUAAUUGUCUAUGCCUAACGAAGCAUAAAACAUCAAAUAUUAAGUGUUUAGCUUGUAAGUUUAAUGUUAAUACAACAGAUACAAAUUCACUCCGACUAUUUUUAAAUCCGUUUUUAACACUGAUCCAAAAUGACUU